UGCAUUUAAAUAAAAGUCAUUAUUGCGUUGAUGAGCAGCGCACCUUUCCACGUCAGGAAGGAGGAAGACGCGCAGCAGCAGCCGCAGCAGCCGCUUUCCCUUCCACUCGCUCCCGUGUGACGUGAGUGUGAGCCGCUGUGUAAACCUCUCCGGUCGCUGCUGGUCCUCCCGCGCUGUGGAAUGAGUUUCAUGAACAGCUGGAAGCGAAGCGUGAAGAAACAUGACAGCAAAAGGGAUGCAAUGAAUCCACAAGACGUACCUGACAGCCCGGACUCCCCGAGCCGGUUGUCAGAUGUAAACAGUCCAGAGCUGGACUCCAUCAUCACAGACUUCAAGUUACAGAUACCGGACGACAAAGAUGGUCUGGAGUCAACAGAUCCAUCAAAUGGCUGCUCGCGGUCAGACCUGACGCUGGCUCUCGAGGACUGUAUGGCCGCCCUGGAUCUGUUCCUCAGAAACGACUUUGAGGAGGCGCAGGCGCGGCUCAGAUGCAGAAACAAAGACAGCAUGUACCACGCUCUGACCUACGCCACCAUUCUAGAAAUGCAGGCCAUGAUGACCUUCGAUCCUCAACACAUCCUAGUUGCAGGGAACACCAUGAAGGAGGCACAGGCUAUCUGCCAGAGGCAACGCAAGAAGUCUUCCUUUUCAAAAAACUUCACAGAAGAGGAGCUCCAUGCUGAAGUUUGUUACGCCGAGUGUCUCCUCCAGAGGGCAGCGCUCACCUUCCUUCAGGAUGAAAACAUGAUCAGUUUUAUCAAAGGAGGAAUCAAAGUGAGGAACAGCUACCAGACUUACAAAGAGCUUCACACAGUCCUGCAGUCCUCCGGAUACACUCAUGGUGACAACCAUGGGCAUUUUGAGGGUGGCGUGAAACUGGGAGUGGGAGCUUUUAAUCUAAUGAUUUCCAUGUUGCCUACUCGGACACUCAAGCUGCUGGAGUUUGUCGGUUUCUCUGGUAAUAAGGAGUUUGGUCUCCAGCAGCUUCAAGAGGGCUCAGUAGAAAGUACAUUCAGGUCCUUCCUGUGCAACAUGCUUCUCCUCUGUUAUCACACGUUCAUGAGCUUCAUACUAGGCACUGGAGAAGGAGACGUUGAGGAUGCAGAAAAACUGCUGGAGCCAUAUCUUAAAAAAUACCCCAAGGGAUCCAUCUUUUUGUUCUUUGCUGGUCGGAUAGAAGAGAUCAAAGGCAACCUGGAUGCUGCUAUCAAGCGUUUUGAGGAGUGCUGCGAGGCUCAGCAGCAGUGGAAGCAGUUCCAUCACAUGUGCUACUGGGAGCUGAUGUGGUGCUUCACAUACAAAAGGCACUGGAAGAUGGCCUACUUCUACGCUGACCUGCUCAGCAAGGAGAACUCAUGGUCCAAGGCUACCUAUGCAUAUAUGAAAGCAGCCUACCUCAGUAUGCUGACUAAGGAUGAUUGCCUAACCUUUGGGGAGACAGCACUUAGUCUGUUCAGGCAGGUCCCAGGGCUCAAGCAGAAAAUAGCAGGAAAGUCUUUGCCAACGGAGAAGUUUGCUAUCAGGAAAGCCCGCCGCUACCUGGCAGAAAAUCCCGUACCUCUUCCUGCUCCUCCGCUGGAGAUGAUGUACAUCUGGAACGGUUAUACAGUCAUUGGCAAACACAAAGACUUAACUGAAGGCAUGCUGAAAACACUGGAUGAGGCACAGGCUCAACUUGAAAGUCUACCAAGAACGGAGUUCUCCAUAGAUGAUCAGUGUUUGCUGAGCCUCCUGAAGGGACUGUGUCUCAAACACUUGGGUCACCACGAGGAGGCAGAGCACUACUUUACCCUCGUCCUCUGCAAUGAAACUCAGAUCAAGUAUGACCACUACCUGGUCCCCAAUGCCCUGCUGGAACACGGCCUGCUGUGUCUGCAGCAAGGCAGAAAAGAUGACGCUAUCAAACUGCUAGAAACAGCAAAGCAAAAUUACAAAAACUACUCGAUGGAAUCACGGACACACUUUCGUAUACAGGCUGCUUUGCACAAGGCCAAAGGCAGCGGGGAGAACGGUAUCCAUGUGCCCUCCAGCCCAUAACAAACAGAGGACGGCACACUAAGGAAAGACAGCAUUUGUCUCCUACAGUCUCAUCAUGCCAACACACAGACCAGGACAGACCUGAUUAUUAGGGAAUAAUUUGUUAGUUUUCAUCAAGAGGCUAGGGGAAGAGGCUUUUCCUCAUGUGUGCCAAGCAACUGCAGCUCUGACUGGCUUCGGUGGAUUUGCCCUCUUCCAGAGAUAUAUCCUCAUGAACUUUACUUCCUUCUGAUUUAAAAUGGAGACUAAUUAUGAAAUGUGCCUAUAUUUAUGAAACAUUGCUUCUAGCGGGGUCGUCUGUCUAGCACUGUGGCCACCUGUAAGUGGUGCACUGGAGUACAAAACACAAUCAGAUUUAUUUGGUGUAUAUUCUAAGUUGCCUCUGCUAAUACCCCGAGGGUAGAACAUUCCCAGUGCAGGGUACUGAGUCUGCGAUUUGAUGGAGCCAGAGUACCAAACAACCUUUACAGAAAUGACUGACACUAGCUUCUCCAAGUCAUUUGAUCUGGCUGCUGCAGAGUUUCCCAUUUUUUGUGUAGAAUAUAAAUGAGCGAUUAUUUAAAAAUAAAAAUGACACACAGUGAUGUUUUGUUAAGUCCCUGAGAACUAGGAGAUUCCUUGUAAUUGGUUACUGAUCAGCAAUAUAAUCAAAAAUGAUAUGUUGUUUAAAUUUUUACACUAAACUUUGGUUUAUUCUGUUUGUCAGAGAGAGAGUGUUUUAUUGCGCAUUUUCCUUUUUCCCCUUUUUCUGAAACAUAUUACAUCAGUGGUAGACACACAUGUAUUUUGUGAGAUAGCUCUCUCCGAGUUUCCCUUUGAAGAGAUGAUCAAAUCUAAAAUCUUGUUUUAUUUAUAGUUGCAUUUUAUGGCUUUUUGCACAGAGCUUUGGAAGUCAGCCAGAUAUGCAACCUCUCCAGAGUAAAAGAAAAAGAAUGCCUCUAAGACUUCCUCUAAGACAUUUAUAUACUGUAAAUGGCACCUUUUACACAAAUUGUCCCGUUUUAAGAGGACAGAUGAAUGUGUCUUUUAGAAAGGCAGACUCCCUUCUUUUCCCCUCCUGGUGUGUGGGACGGCCUCCAGCAGUACUUGAGCUCGAACAAAUGGGCCUUUCACGGCGAGCGGCAAAGUGCUGCGUGCUUGUCCGCCUGCUGCAUCUUUAGUAGGUGAAGGAGCUCAGAAGCAUCGCAACCACCACAGUCUUCCUGCUUCAGGAUCAUCUUCUGCUGCUCUUGUAUAUUACAUGCUUGCCCAGAAACAUCUAUUGAAGCACUUGGAUGUUGUAAUCACUUCCUGUAUAUAGUAAUCUGGUUAUGGAUAAAUAGGGGUCACCUCUAACAUGGUUGGUGGUUAGGUUAUUGGAAAGGUUGCGUACUUGCAAUAGUGAGUAAUAAACCUGAACUCACAUGUUGUCUCAAGUGUUGGAAUUAGAGCAGUAGAGCACUGUUGUUUUAUUCAUGAUUAGAGUUCGAUUUAGGAUUUAAGAUGGCUUGAAGUUCUUUUUUUCUAAUGGUGAAGGAAAUGCAUUCUUAUUGUUCUAACAGCAGCUGCUCUCCAGAAAUUUCCCAAAACCACUCAUGUUAUACUUUCAAAUAACAUUAUUUUCAUUUUUUGCUCUUUGGGUUUGCAACUGCAGUCAAAUUCUAACUAAUGUAGUGGCAUUAUCUGCAUAUUUUACUGGGCAUGGCUACCAAAAUUACGGAAUGACAUUCCUGUACAUACUGAAUGUUUCCGUUGUAAUUUAACAUGAUGAAAAGCAACUACAAAUCCAA